GAUAUUAACGCGAAGUCUGAAAAUGGAGAAAUGCCACUUAUCAGGGGCGUGAUCAACAGAGACGAAGAAAUGGUCCAGCUUCUACUUGAUCGGGGGGCAGAUGCUAGUGCUACUACGGAGAAAGGAGACUCAGCUCUCUUACGAGCCAAUGCUGACGAAGAAAGAAAGGUACUUCAAGCGCUACUAUCCCACAAGGCAGAUAUCGAGGCCAAAAAUAAGAGUGGAGAGGCUCUGAUACACUUAGUGACACGGGCUGAAAACACAUGGACUUUGAGGCUUGUGUUGGAUGCCGAUGCCGACGUGAAUUCAAGGACUCACGCAGGUGAAACCGCCCUUCACAUGGCAGCAAGAAGUACCAAGGAUGAUAAUGUAAAGCUAUUA